AGUUGAAGCCAUAAGAAGUCAUUGAAGUCUGUUUAGGCUUAUCACGCUGCAGCGCUGAUAUCUAGCGUUGCGUAUUCAGAAUUCUUAUUAGGUGUAGUCGUCGAAAUUCUGAUCAAAAUAAGAAAAAUACCAAUAAAAUAAUGGAAGCUAGCGUUUCUGGGUCUACUACGUCUUCUAGAGCUACCAGGUUUAUGAUGGAAGGGGUUGGAGCUCGUGUAAUAAGAGGGCCAGAUUGGAAAUGGGGCAAACAGGACGGCGGUGAGGGUCAUGUUGGCACGGUUCGUAAUUUCGAAUCUCCUGAAGAAGUAGUGGUAGUGUGGGAUAAUGGAACUGCAGCAAACUAUCGAUGUUCAGGAGCUUAUGAUUUACGUAUAUUGGACAGUGCACCCACUGGUGUUAAACACGAAGGCACCAUGUGCGACACGUGUCGACAGCAGCCAAUUUUUGGUAUCCGCUGGAAAUGUGCUGAAUGCAGUAAUUAUGAUCUUUGUUCAGUGUGUUAUCACGGAGAUAAACAUCAUUUGCGUCACAGGUUUUAUCGCAUCAGUGCACCAGGAGCACAGAGGUGCCUUGUUGAGCCUAGAAGGAAAAGUAAAAAACAAGCCGUCAGAGGCAUUUUCCCUGGAGCCAGGGUUGUCAGAGGGGUGGAUUGGCAAUGGGAAGACCAAGAUGGUGGUAAUGGCAGGAGAGGCAAAGUGAAUGAAGUCCAGGACUGGUCAGCUGCCAGCCCUCGCUCAGCUGCGUAUGUUGUUUGGGAUAAUGGUACAAAGAACUUAUACAGAGUUGGGUUUGAGGGAAUGGCAGAUCUCAAGGUUGUAAAUGAUGUAAAAGGUCAGAAUGUUUAUAAAGAACAUCUACCAUUGUUGGGAGAACUAGGCCCAGGGCGUACUGGGCCACAUGGUCUACAAGUUGGAGAUCAAGUGAAUGUAGACCUUGACCUUGAAAUAGUGCAGUCAUUGCAACAUGGUCAUGGGGGAUGGACUGACGGCAUGUUUGAGUGCCUUGGCUCAACUGGCACUGUUGUCGGAAUUGAUGAGGAUCAUGAUAUCGUGGUGACUUAUGCCAGUGGUAACAGGUGGACCUUCAAUCCUGCUGUGUUAACUAAGGUGUGCAGCGGUAACCUGAGCGCGUCGACUUCGGCCGGCGGCGCAGCGGGUGGGGGCUUCGCGGUGGGCGAUCUCGUGCAGGUUUGCGCGGACCAGGAACGCGUUAAAGCGCUGCAGCGAGGCCACGGGGAGUGGGCCGAGGCUAUGGCUCCAACUCUCGGCAAAAUUGGGCGCGUGCAACAAAUAUAUCACGACAACGACCUCAAAGUAGAAGUGUGUAACACGUCAUGGACCUACAACCCGAAUGCUGUCACUAAAGUCGCCUCAUCUGAUGGAAGCAUUCCGGGAAACUCGUCAGGCGAGCGUCUCUCGGCCCUUCUGAAGAAGCUGUUUGAAUCCCACGUGACGGGAGACGCCAACGAGGAGCUAGUGAAAGCGGCUGCUAACGGCGACGCCGCGCGAUGUGCAGAGAUACUUGCGCGCACUGACGGUGCACAUGCUGACGUCAAUGGUGUCUAUGGCGGACACACCGCCCUGCAGGCAGCCGCCCAGAACGGCCACGUGGAAGUGAUUCGAACAUUAGUGGAAGUGGGCGCCGAGGCUGAUGCUGAAGACCGCGACGGUGACCGAGCGGCGCAUCACGCGGCUUUUGGCGAUGAGCCCGCGGCGCUGCGAGCGUUAGCCGCCGCCGGCGCAGACCUCAACGCAAGGAACCGCCGAAGGCAAACGCCGUUGCAUAUAGCAGUCAAUAAAGGCCAUUUGGGAGUCGUCCGGACGCUGUUACAACUGGGAGUCCAUCCUAGUUUGCAGGAUUCAGAAGGAGAUACACCGUUACAUGAUGCCAUUUCUAAGAAACGAGAUGACAUGUUAUCUAUGCUACUGGAGCAUGGUGCUGAUAUGACUCUCACAAACAACAACGGUUUCAACGCGCUCCAUCACGCUGCUCUACGAGGCAAUCCAAGCGCCAUGAAGAUAAUGCUGAGCAAGCUGCCCCGGUCGUGGAUAGUGGACGACGCUAAAGACGACGGGUACACCGCGCUGCACCUGGCGGCGCUCAACAACCACGCCGAGGUGGCAGAGCUGCUAGUACGCGGUGGAGCACGACCUGACCUGCAGAAUGCCAAUCUGCAGACUGCACUACACCUCGCUGUGGAGCGUCAGCACACGCAAAUCGUGCGCCUGCUCGUCGCACACGGGGCUGACCUCAACAUCUGCGACAAGGACGGCGACACCCCCUUGCACGAGGCGCUACGCCACCACACUCUACAGCAGCUGAGGCGGUUACAAGACGCUCGCGACACGGCGCUGCUCACUGGCCUCGCGCACACGCACGACAAGAAGUCCUCGGCUUCCAUCGCGUGCUUCCUCGCAGCACACGGGGCUGACCUCACCGUUAAGAACAAGAAAGGUCAAACGCCUCUCGACCUGUGCCCGGACCCGAACCUGUGCAAGACGCUGACGACGUGCCGCAAGGAGGGCGCCACCGCCACCUGCGACGCCACGCCCGACAGCGAGCAGAACUCGCUCAGCAUAGCCAGCGGCAGCGGAACUGCUACUGCAGCAGCGGUGGAGAUCAGUGUCCCGGAGGCGGCGGGCGGCGACCCGAUGGCGGACGAGUGCCUGGUGUGCUCGGACGCCAAGCGCGACACGCUGUUCCGGCCCUGCGGACACAUCUGCUGCUGCGCCGUCUGCGCCGCCAGGGUGAAGAAGUGCCUGAUCUGCCGCGCGUGCGUGACAUCGCGCUCGCUAGUGGGCGAGUGCGUGGUGUGCUCGGAGGCGCCGGCCACGGUGGUGUUCCGGCCGUGCGGCGACGUGGCCGCCUGCCGCGCCUGCGCGCCGCUCAUGCGCAAGUGCGUCGAGUGCCGCACGCCGCUGCAGCCGCCCGCGCCCGUCGCAGCCGUCCCUGGGCCAGCUGCGCCCGUUGUACCCGCCGCCGCCGCCUCGAUACAGCCCGCUAAAUUGGAUGUGGACAAAGAGAGCGGCAGCAACCUGGCGCAGGUGCAGGUGAACAAGGGGCAGCCGGCGCCCGCGCAGGCCGCGCCGCACCACAUGAACAACGGCUCGCGCCCCGCCGACGUGCAGAAGCUGCAGCAGCAGCUGCAGGACAUCAAGGAACAGACUAUGUGCCCGAUCUGCCUAGACCGAUUGAAGAACAUGAUAUUCCUAUGCGGCCACGGCAUGUGCCAAAUGUGCGGCGACCGCAUCACCGUGUGCCCCAUCUGCCGCAAGCAAGUCGAGAAACGUAUAUUACUCUACUAGGAUACAUAAAAUUAUAGUGUACUGAUCUGUUUGACUGUUAUGUGGUGUCGUACUAUAAUUAUUGUUGGCGCGUGUCUUAUUAAAAAAAAGAGACAUCAAAAACUGGGAAAUCAGGAAAAUUCCUGUCAUAUAUCAGCUAAGUGGGUAGCACAAAAUUAAAAAAUAAUAUUAAAUAGGCGGACAACAUUUUGUAAUCAAACUUUAAAAUCUUUCUGUGCCAGAUUUUUAUAGCAACUUUAUACUUAUGCGAAGUCAAAGAAUUUAAUUCGAGCAAUCGGUCGUGGUAUCCCAGUAAAAUGUAAUGACAUGCCACAUAUUUAGGUACCUAAAUUGAAUGU